AUGAAUUACAUAAGGGAAAAGGUUUCUGGGAAGAAGAAACGUUUAAUAUAGGAGGGAUACAAUCUUGAUCUGAGCUAUGUUACAAAAAGAAUAAUUGCUAUGAGUUAUCCAGGAGAAGGAUUAGAAGGUUUAUAUCGAAAUCCAAUUGAUUAGGUGUGUGAAAUCUUUAUUAUAAUUAGGUUGCUGCCUAUUUAAAUACACAACAUAAUUAGGAUUAUAUGGUUUUCAAUUUAAGUGGUAGAAAAUACGACUUUACGAAAUUUAAAGGAAUUUUACAAGAUUCUUGGAUUUGGAAGGAUCAUCAUUCUCCUCCCUUGGAUCUUCUAUUUGAAAUCUGUGAUCUCAUCCAUGGCUAUCUGAAAGGUGAUAUUGAUAUUGAGAAUAGGUAACAUAAACAACGUAGUGGUCAUACAUUGUCUUGCAGGCAAAGGCAGAACAGGCACUAUUAUAUGUUGUUAUCUACUCUACACAGGGAAAUUCAAGUGUGUGAAAGAUGUGCUUUAUUAUUAUGGCAAGAAGAGAUUUGAGAAAGAGGGCUUGGGAGUUAAUCAACCUUGUUAAGUUAAAUAUGUAGAAUACUUCCAUACUCUGUUGACUACAGAUUAAGUGAUAUAUCCUACUGUGGUUACAAUUAAAAGCAUCACAUUUUAGGGAAAGUAAGAAUGCUUUCACAAUUAUAAUUACAGAGCUCCUGCCUUCAGAAUGAGUGGUGGUUGUAAACCAUACAUGGAAGUGAUCCAAGUUAAAAAUGAUAAACAAUUAUAUUCCACUUCAAGAGAAGCCAAAAAAUAUACAGGAAAUUAACAUGAUGUAUUUAAAGUAUUAGCAAUUAGCUAUAACUGGAUAAACCAAUGCCUAUUUAUGGGGAUAUCCUUAUUAAAGUGUUUAAUGAAGGGAUGUUAUAAAUAGAAAAAAUGUUUAGACUGGCCUUCAAUACAGCAUUUAUAGAUGAUUCAUAAUAGAAGUAUUAAUGUUUAGAUUUUAAGUUAAUUGUAAUUCUCAUUAUAGGAUUUGGAUCCAAGUCAACUAACUGAAGACGAAAGAUUUGAUAAAAACUUUUAAGUGAUUGUAUUUUUAUUAUUUAUAUUAGAUUAACAGAUCAAAAUAGAGGGCUGUACUAAGUGCAAUAAUAGAACAGAUUUUGAUAUGUUAUGUGAAAUUUGCAAGGCCUAUCUGAAAUAGGAGGAGAAAUAAUGGAUUAAAAUAAAUAGAUAAAUAAGAGAAUACAAAGUACCUGAUGAUAAUUUGGCUACGGAACUAUUGUUUAUUAAAAAAGAAUUUGAUGACAUUGAGGAUGCAAUGUAUCUAAAAAGAACUGAAAAAGAUGGUGAUCCAAAAGAACUUUUGGAGUUUGAGGAGAGAAUAAAAGCAAAAACAAUCGUAUUUCCAUAACAAUAACUAAUAUCAUAAUAAUAAAUUCAGUAGUAAGUAAAUGAUAAACAAAAUUAAUGA